UCAGUCCUAAUCUAAUUAUUUUAUAAAUUAAAAAUAUGGAAAACUUAUAAAGUUUUAUAAAUACACGUCCAAAUAUUCCAAGGUUGUUAAAUUAUCAAUACCAAGUCAUGUCUAGAGCAAAAGAUUUUAAAGAAGCUUUCAAGAAGAUUGAUCAGUACAAUAAUGGUGAGAUUUCAUGGGAAGAAUUAAAUUUUCAUGGCAUACGCAACCGUUCUCUUCCUAUGACGAUGUCUCAAGUCGAUAAUAUGUUUGGAGAGCUUGAAACUGAUGGCGAAGACCGAGUUUUCGGAGCUUCUAAAUAUCUUGUUAAUCAGCUUCAUUCAUCUCUUCCGGUUAAACAUGAAGAUGUGAUUAAUGAAGAGCUGAAGAACGAGGUUAGUAUGCUUAAACAUGAUAGUAGUGCUAAGAAAAUUGAGAAUCAGGUUGAAAUUCCGAAGACACCAGUUGUUGAAGAGAAGAGCUCCAAAGAGUUGGAAGAUUGGGUUGUAGUAGAGAAGAGCUCCAAAGAGUUGGAAGAUUGAGAAUCAGAUUG